AUGGCUUACAACAAAUUGACUUGGAAUGCUCCUAGCUCCCCAUCCGGCCUUGUGUCGGCAGCGGUGGCUCAUGUUUUUGCCUUGUUUAUGGUUGUUUCAGUCAGUGCUAACGUCUCUGGCGGCCAUGUCAACCCUGCCGUCACUUUGUUUUGUUUCUUGGUGGAAACAUCUCUCUCUUCCGAGGUAUCCUUUACAUCAUCGCUCAGCUGCUGGGCUCUGUUGUUGCUUGUCUUUUCCUCUUGUUCUCAACUGGUGGACUGUACCCUCAUUUUUGUGUUUGCUGGCGAGGGUUCCAGCAUGGCUUACAACAAAUUGACUUGGAAUGCUCCUAGCUCCCCAUCCGGCCUUGUGUCGACAGUGGUGGCUUAUGGUUUUGCCUUGUUUAUGGCUGUUUCCGUCAGUGCUAACGUCUCUGGUGGCCAUGUCAACCCUGCCGUCACUUUGUUUUGUUUCUUGGUGGAAACGUCUCUCUCUUCCGAGGUAUCCUUUACAUCAUCAUCGCUCAGCUGCUGGGCUCUGUUGUUGCUUGUCUUUUCCUCUUGUUCUCAAUUGGUGGACUGCGGUGACGGUGAUGCCUCUGUGGGCUCUCACAACGCCAGCUGUGAGGGGAAAACACAGCAGCGGAGCCGCUGCCGACUCUCAGAACACCGACUGUAA